GUAAUAUCCCAUUGCAAAAACCAGAACGCAUAUGAUCGUUGGGGUCGUUGAGAGAAAGACUGCAAGAUUAGAGAUAUAAUCUCAAAAAUUCCAAGAUCUUAGACAAAUAAAAUCUUAGACACUUUAGACAAAUAAUUUUUUUGAAAGUAAAAGGUCCGUUGGCCUAUAACAAAGAGUCAUAAAAAACUUCAAAAUUUUGAUAGGGGCUAACCAUGGAUGAUAAGACAGGAUAAUGUAAGCAGUCACCCUAGUUACAAUAUGCUACCAUCUGUUAGAUUCACAGACAUUGCACAAUCAAAGAUACAAUUGACAUUGACAGUGACAGCGAUAAUAAGCGCAGCGCCAAAUUAUGUUAUAGAAAAGGCUUUAUGCACCAUGGACGUACCAUAGUCAUAUAUUAGACUUGCAGUUUUUGAAAAUAUUUGAAAAUGGAUAAACUUUAUAUUGUGACAAUUUUAAUUUCAAUUUGUCAUGUGCAAUUGGCAUUUGAAGCAACUCGUGAAACCGGAAUUUUUCAAUCGACUGACAGUGAGAGUGCUGCUUUUGCCCAAAGAGAUGGCCCACAAGAUGUGUUGGAUAAAUACACGCAAUGUAGGGCCACGAGAGAUUUGGAUUUUGGUGCAAUCGAAGUGGUUACUUCUUGUCCUUCAAAUGACGGAGUUGCCAUGUAUGGAUCCAACAAUAUGUUGUGCAAUAAUCCAUCAACAAGUGGUGUACUCACUGCUAUUCCCGUCACUGGCCAAACUGGAAUCGUUUUCCGGAACUAUUAUUGCGCCCUAUGCCAUGGGGAGACUCUUGCGUCAUUCUGGGAGGUUGAUAUGAUGUGCAAAGGACUUCCACAUAUAACGGAGACACCACAUUUUAGCGUAAAACCAUCAGAACUGGAGGAAUAUUUGGAGGGUCGUUGUACCAUGCUUAGCAUGGACCCACCAUCUUGGACAUACAUUAAGCAAUGUAAGUCAUCGACCCCUACAACGAAAUCAAUUCAUAAAAGACAACUAAAUGGAAACCCAUUCUUUGAGAUUGGAAUAGCAGUCGCAUCGUUUUCGAUUCUGAUGAACUUUGGUAUAGAUGGAAAAGCUCAUAUAUUACUGGGAACGCAAGAAGACCACGAUGUUAGACAUUUGACGCAGUGUAACAGUGAGGAAAUAUACGAUCCAUUCAAAGAAACUUGUAGAACAGUUCUAUGCGCUCAUGAUUUUGUUCCUAUUGACGGCAAGUGCGUGCCAAAACUUCCUAUUGCAAUUGCACCAUCCGCCUCUGAAGCAGAAAAUGUUCGUGACCGCACCAGAAAGCAGCGUGUGUAUCUCGUGAUGAAUAUGCUUGUCCAGGUACAAUAUGAGAUGUAUGCCAUUCUCUUGCAUGGUGAUUAUACAGAACUAAUCGCACAGGGGUUGUCUGCACUUUUAGAUGUCGCGGUUGAUCGUAUAUCAAACAUCAUUGUUCACCCUGCCGAUUUUGACCGAACGGGACUUAAUGCCUCGCCUAACAAGCCAAUUGGCAACAAUACGAAUUCAGAAAAUAAAACUUUGGCGGAGCUCAGGAAAAUACCAAUUGCCUUUGUAGAAGUCAAAAUUACAUUCUCAUUAGGCGUCGAAAAUAAUCACAAAUCAAUUGAUGCUGUCAUUGAAAAAAUGAAUCGACUGAUUGAAGAUGGUCUGUUUGAGUUGGACCUUGGGGCGCUUAUCGUAAAGGUCACAGGAGUGGAAGAACAUCUUGGUGGGAUAGUGCCCAAGGAUGACACUUGGUGUGUAGAUGGAAUGAGAAGACUAUACCUGGACAAAGAAUUUGACAUUGGUAUGUCAGACGGAAACAGAACCAAUAUUUACAUACAUGAGACGGAUACACUUUAUGAACAUGGCGAUUUUGAUUUGACAUUAUGCGUAAAGGGUGAAUACUGGAAAGAAGAUAUCAGUGGAUUUGUGUUCGUCUGUGAAAAAGUCCCGAUGAUAGUUAAUGAUGCGUGCGCACGUAUUGAACUUGAUUCGGAUGACAACUAUGAAAUUUUACCCAAUCGUUCUAUCGUGUUAUCAGAUACGAUGUACGACUUGGACAGCUAUCAAUUUACUAUCAAUGGGAGUGUGGUUAUUUGCGUUCCACCUGAUUAUUAUAAAACGAAAACCAAUGUGGUCAACAGUUGCAUACACAGUGUCACAUUUGCGUACUUUGAUAUCAUUCAGCGCUAUCUAACUCUUAUUUUCAAAACAGUGUCCAUCGUUUCUAUUUUCAUAACUAUCGUUACAUACACUAUCUUUAAAAAACUGAGAAACCUCCCUGGGUGUAAUGUCUUAAAUCUUGCGGUUGCUUUGUUCUUUGCGGAGUUAUUCUUUCUGUUAUUCGGCGGGGCGUUUGUCAAAGAACACAUCAUUUGUUCUAUUGUUGCGAUUGUCAUCCAUUACAUGUUCCUCAGUGCUUUCUUCUGGAUGAACACCAUGGCAUAUGACAUGUAUUGUACAUUUGCUUCAAAACAGAUGACGGUCCAACUAAGAGAGAAGACACAAUAUUGGUGGCGCUAUAUGCUUUACUCUUGGGGGUCUCCUCUCCUGAUCUGCCUCGCAUGUGUCAUUAUUGAAUACACGAAAAUGUUUCCUUCUGUCAGAAUAGGAUAUGGUAGGCCUAUCAUUGACAUGGACACACAGACUAACAUUACAAAAGAGACAACCUCUGAUACAAUAGGUAUUAGAUACGGCUGUUGGAUCAGAGAGCCCCUUGCAACAUUAAUUGUAUUUGGUGGACCCAUCACAUUGAUUUGUGUUACCAAUACAAUCCUCUUUAUAUUCACUAUUUUUCGCUUACGUCAGAACUCAAAAUUCAACCGCUCCCUGAAGAGUAAAAAUAGACGUAAAUUCUCCGAGUCAUCUGUCACCAGUGUUUCGUCAAAUGACGUCAUGUUGUACCUCAGAAUGUCAUCAUUCAUGGGUUUUACUUGGAUAUUUGGCAUCGCAUCAUCUGUUGUGAGUGGUCUUGCGAGACCCACCGAACCGAUUUGCUACCUCCUCUAUACUAUGAACUUGCUGUUCAUUAUUUUCAAUUGUCUUCAGGGUGUCUUCCUCUUUGUUGCAUUUGUUUGUAAUCGUAAGGUUAUUAAGUUAUACAAGGACCUAUUCUCAAGGGUCUUCUGUAAACAACAAGAUCGCGAAGGUGGAUCUUUCUCGCAUAGGAAAUUGUCCAAGAGAGAUUCAAAUAUUUCGAUUGUGUCUCUAAGUACGUCUUCAUCUUCAGUUUUCAGUGACGACUCUUCAGUUACGAUCACGUCAUUCAAAAGGAUAUACGUAGACUAAUAUCCAAAAUAUUCCAUUUGUAUAUAACUUUUAACUGUAUAUAUUUUAUCAUGGACUGAUCUUAUCUCACUAUAUUGACAUGUACUAUUGUAUUAAUUAAAAUAAUGAUUGACGGAAAGCUGGUAGUUUGUCUUUUACAUGAUCAUAUCAAGAUACACAUGUUGAUAUAAAACCUGGAAAA